AUGAAAAGAUGUGCAGAAGAAACGCCCACCAACCCAGGGCCGUCGAGUAAGAAGAUAGUUCCCAUACGACGCAAGGAACUCCCGAGCAAGGAACAGCUCAAGAAAGUGCUGGCCACGGCGGGCAGCAGCUCUAGACCUAGUGAGGUGAGGCGGGCAAGGUGGCAGGAGGGGGACCUGCUGUGGGCCAAGAUCAGGGGCUACCCCUUCUGGCCCUCCAUGGUGUCCAGGGACCCGUUCAGUAAUCUCUUCACCAAAUCUCUGGGUGAGUACAUCUUGCUAAUCUCUUCACCAAAUCUUUGGAGAGCAGAAACAGACCUCUAUUUAACCAGCAAGGAAAAAACCAUAAGAAAAUAUCAUGUUCAGUUCUUUGGUGUUCGUACUGAACGCAGCUGGGUGACUGAAGCUUCUGUCAUGGAAUUUGAAGGGAGAGAAAAGUUCCUGGAGAUUGUCAGGUUUGGUCUGGAAUCUCCUACAAAAAACUGCAGGAAAGUCAGUGACUUUAAGGUGAAUGAGAUGUGGCUCCACUCCUGGACAAUAGCAGUCAUUCAGGCAGAAAGUGCUGCAAAGCUGGAGAUUGAAGAAAGAAAGGAGAGAUACUUGUUCCAGUAUGUGAUGAUGACUGGCAAUGGCCAGCGUCCAGUCAGUCAGUUACUGGAGACCAUCUGGAAAAGGGCAUCCAACAACUCUAAAGGUUCAGGAAGUGAUGAUGAGGAUGAUAUUUACAGUGAACUAUACCAAGAGCGAAGACAAACACAGUGGUAUGAUUCCGAUGACCUCAUCAGUUCUGAUGAUAGUGCAGAUGAAAAAAAGCCCCCACGUCGUGCACCUGUUAAGAUCAAAGUCAGAGAGGGCACAUUUGAUGUAUUUUUAGCCAAGCAUGAGCGCUUUAUCCGCUUGAAACACCCUGACUGGCCCAGGGAAGACAUCAUUGAGUAUCUCAGUCAGCAGUGGGCUAUCAUGAAACCACACUAUAGAAGGAGGUACACAACCAGGCUUAAGAAGCCCAUUUACAUUGAAAGCAGGCAUCAGAAAAAACAGGUUAGUCUUUUAUUUGGGUCUGUUCAGAGGCUCGCUAUGGCCAGACUCCCUCUAGUCAGAGACUCCCUCUAG